AUGGAUGCUGGUGAUGCUAUUCUCAUUGAUCACUUUAAAACAUCUGACGAAACAGCUGACAUUUCUGGGAAGGAACAAAUGUCGUUAGGUGUGCGUUAUUUUGACACAUCAACUAUGAGCAUAAAGGAAGAAUUUUUAAGGUUUACAGAGUUAAAAAAACUCAAUGCUGAAGCCAUAGCAUCAAAUAUAUUAGAAUUUUUCAAAUAA